AUGGCCUCUGGUGAUUGGUGUGAGUUUUCUACAGAUAGAGCUUCCUUUAAAUUCGGAACACCAUGUAAUUAUCCAACACAGUCAGAAUGGAGAGGUUGGAAACAUGUAACUUAUGUCGAGUCAAAUAAAACUGAUUGUUUCUUAUUUGUUAAUGAUUGUUGUGGUGCUGAUAGAGUUGAUACAACCAAAAAUUAUUUAUUUUUUGAUGACACAGCUGAUACACCAAAUAAGUAUUUUUAUUUUAAACAUGAACCUUCAACAGCAAAUGGAAGGAAGGUACUAAACUUAGACUUUUGGAGAGAGUCAAAAUAUUCAAAUACUAAUUAUAUAUUUGACCUUGAUGGAAUUCCUGAAUAUUCUACUUUGUAUCAGGGAGGAAGAGUUGCAUCAGACUCAUCAACUACAACACUUAUGCUACAUAAAGUUAUUGUUUAUUUUACAGUCAAUGAUACUUUUCAUGAAAAUAUUAUUUUAGAUUAUAAAGAAAAUAUUCCUCCAUUUCUUCUUAUCGAUGGAGAUGCUUCUGUUACAAUCAAAACAAAUUACUAUACCCCAAAGUGUACAUAUCACUACUCAACAAAAGGAAUAAAAACCACUAUAAAAACACCAAUUUCUGGAAAGGUUUCUGCAACAUACCAAUCGUAUAAUAAUACCAGAUAA